AUGCCCUGCCCCUCCUCCCCCCCUGCUGCCCCUCGCCUCUCGCCGUCGACCUCCUACAACCCUCAGACCCUAGUAGUGCUUUCUAGAAUAACCGACUUCAUCAACGUAGACGUCAUUGCCUGGAGCCUUAUCUGCGAGAAACCAACCUUCUCAGUCACGUCCUCUUCCCAGUCGACGACAUCCAAUCCCACACCCGCACCCGUGCGGCGCCUUUGCAGAUUCCACGCUCAAUCUCUUGCCGCGACAAAAAAGCCUACUCCCCGGGAGCACACAACAAUGUCGUCAGCCAUCAUCUCCGCCGACGACGCUCUCGAGCCCACGCUCCAGUCCCUCCUCGACCAACGUUCCCUCCGCUGGAUCUUUGUCGGCGGUAAAGGCGGUGUCGGCAAGACCACAACAUCAUGCUCCCUGGCCAUUCAGCUCGCCAAGGUCCGCCGCUCAGUGCUCCUGAUUUCCACCGACCCGGCACACAACCUCUCCGAUGCGUUUUCUCAAAAGUUCGGCAAGGAGGCCCGUCUGGUCAAUGGCUUCGACAACUUGAGCGCCAUGGAGAUUGACCCCAACGGCAGCAUGCAGGAUCUGUUGGCCGGCCAGGGCGAGGAAGACAUGAACGCCAUGGGCGGCGGCAUAGGUGGCAUGAUGCAGGAUUUGGCAUUUGCUGCAAGUUACACCCCUCCUUGA